GCACUUUAUAACCUGCGCUCUUCCGCCUCCAAGCACAAUAACAAAUCCUCAUUCAUCCAUCGCAUGUCUUCCGACUCUCUCUCCACCGGGCGAGUUGCUGUCGCUGAGGCUGCGGCCGAGGUUGCGGCCGGAAGCGGCGAGAGCCUCGACGUGGCCGAGGAAGCGACUGAUAUACAGAUUCCAGAGCAGGACGGGCUGCUAGAGCCGAUCCCGACUGCUUCCGAUCCCGUCGAGACCCCACAAGCCAGCAGCACCGCCCCUAACGAGACUCCUGCUGACUCUGCUGCGAGUCCCGAGCCGGCAUCCUCCCCGACGACUGACAAGCCAGAGCCAGUCUCGGAGCUGUCUGAAUCAUUCGCCUGCACCGGCCUCGACUCGGCAGAUCAGACUGAACAACCGGCAUCACCACCGCCUGCGCACGCGCCUCGAGCUUCCGCCAGAGACGAAGCGAUCCGAGCCGAGCUCGAAUCGAGCGUUUUCAAAAUCAAGACCAUCACAUGGUAUGAUCCAUACGGCCAGACCCGCGAGUCGCCAAUUAUUCUGCAAAACAAGAAUGGACCGUGUCCGCUAAUUGCGCUGGUCAACACGCUUAUUCUGUCUACUCCGCCAGACGUGAAGACCCCGAUCUCAAACAUAUCGGCCUCACGCACCGAGAUUAGUGCAAAGUACUUGAUCGACCUUCUUGCCGACGUGCUCUUAUCUUCUGAAAACACCGAACACACAGACGUGAACAACGUGCUCUCGCUCCUGCCCAGCCUACACACCGGGUUGAACAUAAACCCUAGAUUUGACGGAUCGUUCGAGUCCUCUGAAGAACUAGCUCUCUUUCGCGCAUUCGACGUCGACCUUGUCCACGGAUGGGUGUCUGAUCCCGCAAACAAAUAUGUAGACUCGGCGGUUACAAAAGCCGGGUCGUAUGAGGGCGCUCAAGGCUAUCUAGUCCAAGCCUCAGAGUUCACAUCCAAGCUUGACGACGGGAUCUCACUCACAGACGAAGAGAUGGCGCUCAUGGAAACCGCCAGAUUAAUAGACCUCUUCCUGUCCCAGACGGCUACCCAGCUUACCUCAUUCGGCCUCAAAUUUCUCUCCGAGCUGCUCUCGCCCGGAAGCCUUGCAGUCUUAUUCCGCAACGACCAUUUCUCAACAGUAUACAAGCACCCAGAUUCAAAGCAGCUCUUCAUGCUCGUCACCGACUCUGGCUUCAGCCACAUCAAAAACAUCGUCUGGGAAUCUCUCAACGACGUCUCCGGAUCUAGCAGCUAUUUCUUCAACGGCGUCUUUGUCCCUAGCGAGUUUGGCGAAGACAAGCCAAAACCUACCGACCCACCUCCGCCACCGGCGUCAAAACAGGUCCAGUUCUCGACGCCGGUGGACUCGACCGAUCUCGACCUUGCUCUGGCAAUGGAGCUCCAACAGCAAGAAGACGAGCAGGUGGCCCGCGAGCAGCAAUUGAUCGAGGACCGCGCGGCAUCAAGAGGGACACGCAGUCGCCAAGGGUCUUCUGCUGCCGCAGGACAACCUCCAGCCGGAUCUCGUCCCCAUCCCGGCACUCGUGGAUCGCAUGGCAACGCUCGUCCGCGUGGCCCGAAUAACUCCUCAGGAAACACGCCGUCGUCGACGUCAACGUCGUCCGCUGGAACGAAUGCGGCUCUUUCAAAGAAAUCUAAACGCGCGGCAGGCGGGAAAGCAUCGGGGGAGAAGGACAAGUGCUGCAUCAUGUAGACGAGCGUUUUGAAAGAGCUGUAUACUCCACAGCGAUACAGUGUCUAAAAGAUUUUUGCUUUAUUUUUUGCAUAGGGUGGUGGCGUGCUUUAAUGUGAUUCCAGGUUGGCGCGUUUCGAUUUAGAUUCUAUAUUUGUGUAUCGUCAAAGGACUAUCCAGGCCUUUACUUUUGAUUACGUGUAGAAGACA